AUCCGGAGGAGGAGAGGAACAGGCGGCGUUCCCCCUCCCCCCGGCUACUUCAACUAUCCCUUCCGCACUUCGCCUCCAAGUCUCCUGGAGCACCAGAAGCGAACCCUAAGCUGGUGCGGGCUGCUCCCGCCUCCGCAGCCACGCUGCGCUCUGCACCUCGCCGCGCCGCUCCUGCCCCCCGGCCCGCCCAAUCCAGCCCUGCUCCGCCAACCCAGAGGAGUUCAGCCCCCCCGGCGGCUCUUCGGUGCCUGUGUCACCGGGCCCCCAACGGGGCCGGGGCCCGGGCGCGCCGGGGGACAUGGAACACCUGGCCCCUCACCACCUUCACCCGGGCCACGCCGAGCCCAUCAGCUUCGGCAUUGAUCAGAUCCUCAACAGCCCGGACCAGGGCAGCUGCAUGGUGUCCGCCUCGCGCCUACAGGACGCCGACUACGGGCUCGGCUGCAUAGUUAGCAGCGCCUACAACACCAUGACCGGGAGUUAUGGGGGAGCUGGCGGAGGCAGUGGCAGCGGCGGGGCUGGCCCGGGGCCCGGGCCCGGGGCGGGAGCUGGAGCAGGCGGCGGCGGGGGCUACGGAGGCGGUGGCGGCAGUGCCUGCAGUAUGGCCUCGUUGGCUGGCUCCUACAACAUGAACAUGGCCAUGGGCACUGGGGGCGGAGGGAGCGGUGGCGCGCUCAGCUCUGCCGGGGUGAUUCGGGUACCUGCCCAUAGGCCGCUGGCCGGAGCAGUCCCUCACCACCAGCCCCUAGCCACUGGCAUGCCCACUGUACCUGCGGUGCCCAGCGUCAACAACCUCACAGGACUCACUUUCCCCUGGAUGGAGAGUAACCGGCGAUACACAAAGGACAGGUUCACAGGUCACCCCUACCAGAACCGGACGCCCCCGAAGAAGAAGAAACCACGCACAUCCUUCACGCGCCUUCAGAUCUGCGAGCUGGAGAAGCGUUUUCAUCGCCAAAAGUACCUGGCUUCGGCCGAGCGCGCAGCCCUGGCUAAAGCGCUCAAAAUGACCGACGCGCAGGUCAAAACCUGGUUCCAGAAUCGGAGAACGAAAUGGAGGCGGCAGACCGCGGAGGAGCGGGAGGCAGAGAGGCAGCAGGCUAACCGCAUCCUUAUGCAGCUGCAGCAAGAGGCCUUCCAGAAGAGCUUGGCUCAGCCUCUGCAGGCUGACCCGCUCUGCGUGCACAAUUCAUCACUCUUCGCCCUGCAGAACCUGCAGCCUUGGUCCGACGACACUGCUAAGAUCACCAGCGUCACGUCAGUGGCCUCGGCCUGCGAGUGACACCCCGCUCUGUCGGGGUCCACCCCGCUCCGUUCCACUGGCCCCUCUCCCGCCUCUCAGAUCCGCAGCUCCUCCAGGACCCCCAACAGAAAAGUGGGAGACCAGACUUUGGGCUUGCGAUCGAGAGGAGAGACCUCCCUAUCCUGAGUCCUCGCCCUGCACCUCGCAUCCAGCCUCGGGAGACUGCCCGAGGUAGAGGGCUGUGCCUGGAAAGGGUGGGUAGGGGGAGGUUCCCGAGGGCUUGCACAGAGGAAAGAGUGAGGACCCUUCCUCCCGCCCCAACCCCUUUCACGGACCACGAGCCAGUUCUCCCUGCCCCUCUUCCCUCAAUAACUGGACACAAAAUGAAACUCGUAGAAAGCCAGCUCACUACCUGCCUCUGCUCUCCGAGGUCCGGUAUCUGUGUCAUUCAGUCCAGUGUGGGCACCACCGGUCCCCCAGCACCCCCCGGAUUUCUUUUCAGUGGAAAAGAAGAAGUUGGAAAUAGAGUAGGGACUGCGGCCAGAAGGAACAUAGGAACCCAACUGGAGCCUCUAGCCCUGGGCAGCUCACUCUCACUGACCCUCGGUUCAGCUGGUACUUUUCAGAUUCUGCUCAAUUUCUGUUGAUUUGAUUUUAUUUUGAAAUUGGGAGAUCUAGAAGGAAGUCGAGGAAGUGGAGGAGGAGAGAGGAAAUUAGAACUUCUAGGUUCGAGAGCGUGCUGAAGGUCCCCAGCGAGCCGGUCGAUCCCCUGUCGAUUCAGUCCUACUGAAACCCAGAGACACUCUUACAGUCACCCGUGGACAUCCCCGCCCCGCCCAGCAACUGCACAGUCACACAUCAGACACUCAGUUUCAAAAUGCAAUUGGAUGCCUACAGUAUCACUAAUAGGCACACACACAAUCGCAUGCAUUGCCACGGGUUCACAGUGACACUCAGUAAAAGUAAUGCCCACAUCACUCGUAGUCGUUCACACAAUUCCGUACACACAGUAGCAGGAAAGCACAAUUCUAUUGCCCCCUCCCCCCCGCCCCAUGCACAGCCCCACACAAAGUGUCUCUCGAGCAGUCCUCUCGAACACAGCGUCCUUCGCACAGUCUCGAGCAAUCAAUGGUAAAAGACAGUCCUACCUAGAGCCUGUUCCGGGAGGCUCGCUUUGCAUCCGUCUGGGGGGAGGGGGUUAAGUUAUGCACUUAUAAGGUGUUUUCCCUGUAACCAUUUUAUAAAGUGCUUGUGUAAUUUAUGUGGAAAAUAUGAAUAAAAUCGUCCGGAU